AUCUACAACUGUCUUUUGUUUCCUUUUCGAAGCUACAUAAUAGACCCUGUUCGUGCUUAAAAUAUACACCAGCUGGUUUUGUUUAAGGCAACAAGAAAGGCACUUGAAUAUGACGACGAACAGCACAGAAGUCGAGGAGGACUUGAGGGAAAAAGUGGAGGAUCGGCCACCAAGCACGCCUCUGCUGCAAGACGUGAUGUGUGACUCCUGCAUGGACGCCCCCAGCAGAGCGCUCAAAUCCUGCCUAACUUGUUUGGUCUCCUACUGCGAAGCCCACCUCAGACCCCAUCUAGAGAAAGCUAAAUUUCAGAACCAUCGCUUAGUGGAUCCCCUCCAUGACAUCGAGCGCCAGACUUGUGAGGUUCAUCAGCUUCCCUUCAAGAGCUUUUGCUUUCUGGAUGAAUGCUCUAUCUGUGGGGACUGCGAGGGUCAGGAGCACGAAGGACACGAGAUGUUGUCUUUGGAGGAGGCUCGAGUACACUUUGAGACUGAACUUCUGCAGAAACACCAGAGGAUCAGUCAACAUGUCUCAGAUGUAGAGAGAAUAAUUGGAAAAUUGCAGAGCAACAGUGAUUUAAUCAAGUCUUCAGCGGAGGAGGUUUGUGUUACUGCUGAACAACAGUUCAGUAGGUUGCAGAAGACUGUUGAGGAGGCCAGAAAAAAGUUAGAGGUGCUUUUGGAAGAAGAGCAAAAACAAGGUCUGAGACAAGCAGAGGGCAUUCAGGCACAUCUGGAGCAGAAGAGGGUGGAGAUGAUGAAAACUGCAGAUAAGAUGAAGAAACUAUCCAAGAGCAAGUCUGAUGUUGAUUUUCUAAAGGAUUACACAGAGUGGAAGAAAGAAUUGAUCGACAUACGCAUGCCCACUGUGCACAUCAGUCGAAUGGACCGUCUACAGUCAUGGGCUCAAGCAGUUACUGAUGUUACUCAGGAGUUGUGUGACCUGAUUAUGGAGUCCUACAGUGAAAAAAUUAACAUGAUCUCCAAAAGUGCAGGUGCUAAACAUGCGAACCAAGAAUCUCUGCCAUCUUCUCUUCCCGAUCCUGAGACCGAGGAAGAAUUUUUGACAUACACAACAAGGUUAACCUUUGACCCCGACACCACUCAUUACUUCCUGCGUCUAACGGUGGACAACAGAAAGUUAACCAACACCAGUCCCUGGCGGCACAGCUAUCCGGACCACCCCAGCCGCUUUGAAUACUGGCGUCAGGCCAUGACUUCGGAGAGCCUCUACCUGGGGAGACAUUACAUCGAAGCAGAGCUGAGCGGAGAGGGCGCACAUGUCGGGGUUGCUUACAGGAGCGUCGAUCCUAAGGGAGAGGAAUGUGGCAGUUGCAUCACCGGGAAUGACUUUUCUUGGUGCGUUGGAAGGAACAACAGAGGUUUCUCUGCCUGGCAUGCUGGGGAGGAGACAGCCCUGGAAGUCUCUGAUGUAACCAGGGUUGCAAUAUAUGUUGACUUUCAUCGAGGCUUGGUGUCUUUCUAUAACACAACAGGGCCUAUGGUGCUGCUCCACACAUACAACACUGACUUUAUAGAGCCCUUGUAUAUAACAGCCUGGUUGUCAAAGAAAGACAAUGUUGUGACUCUGGUUAAUGCAAAAUGAUGACAUUUUCUGCUGAGUUAUAGCAGUUUAUUGAGGUUUUAUAAUGGUCAAAAAUGUUGUGUUAAAGGCAGCUAUUUCACAUGCAUGUCGACAAAGGUGAAAUUUACUACCAUCUAGUGGUAGCUGUGCAAC